UUUUGUUACAAUUGUAAAUUGCUGAUACCACUCAUAAAAUAGAAGAGGGCUCUUUUAUUCUUAUAUUGUACUUUGGAUUUAUUAUGCUAUUUACAGUAUUUAUUUUCCUGUGCCCUGUAAAAGAUCUUUGCUAACUAUUGCUUCAGAUAAAUACUGUUUCUUAUUCUUCAUAGCUUGGUGGAAAGAAUAUACUGUAUUUGUAUUGGCCAUUCCGACCUAUAGAUUGUAAACUCUGUGAGUGAGAAGAACUCUACUGUAGUUUUAGUGCUUGGCACAUAGUUGGCAUUUAGUAAAUAUUUGUCGAGUGAAUGAAUAGAGUUUGCAUUUUAAAAUACAUAAAUAUGUUUUAUCAAGUCAUGAAUGGGGUAUUACAAAGAAUGAUUAAUAAUGCUUAAACAAUGGUACACUCCCCCAAUAAAAUAGCAAAAAGAACCCAAACAGAAGAAGAUAAAAAGAUGAGAGAAAGACAUGAAUACUGGUAGAUCUGUAAUGGAGGACAAGAGACAAAGAAUAGCUUGAGACUUAAAAAAAAAAAGGCAAAAGGUAGAGGAGAUUAGAGUCUAUAGGAAUUGUAGGAUCUGUGCCACACAGAUCAAAGAAAUGAAACCAUCUUCUAGGAGACCAGGCUAAAUGAAUAUUAUUUGAUGGGAUUACAAUCUCGAGACUUAGUAUCUAGUACAGAGGUCAGCAAAGCAGUGGGAAGUGAUUUAAAACUGGUAAUGGAAGCCAGGCAUGGUGAAACAUGCUUGUAGUCCCAGCUACUCAGGAGGCUGAGGUGGGAAGAUCACUUGAGCCCAGGAGUUUGAGGCUAACCUGGGUAAUAUAGCAAUACUCCAUCUCUUAAAAAAAAAAAAGAGAAAGAAAUGGUACUGGAAAGGAAUUGUUUGAUGCUUAUAAACCAGUACCAUCACUUCCACACUAGUCAGGGGACUAAAUGCUUUAAACUUGAGCAAAACUGAAUGAACAAUAAGAGAUUUUAUUUAUGACAAUUUGUAACUAUUAACAUAUGUAUUCCUUAGUUCCUCACACCUGAAGGUACAAGACUGAUAAGUACAAUUGGUUUUAUUACCUUAUAGUAUUAAUCACACCUUGUAAAAUUUUGUUGUAUACCCCAACUGUGUUUAUGGGCCGUACUGCAGUGGUUAAGGACAGUGGGGUUAAGUCCAUCUUUCCAGCGCCUUCAUUGUAGUAUGCCUUAUGUGAGCCUUGGCUCAGCCUUUGCCAAGGAAGAGUGAGGGCGACAUGCCCAGCUGCAGCGCUGUUCAGCUCCAGGCGGCUCUGGUCACGUUGCAUACAGUGGGAGCGACACUGUAUGGAGCAGGAAGCCUCACUGGGCAGACUGUGUACCCGUGUUUCCAGGGGAGGCCCUCUGAACAUACAGAGCACCUUGCCUUGUACUACACAGAGGAAAGCGAAGUCUUCAUAUGCAAGUUUCUUCGUUAUCCUGUUUCCAGAGCACACACUAGGGAUGCAGAUAAGAACUACACGAUUAGAUUUGAGAGAGAUUGGAACAAUUAUGAGGUCAUUAGGAUGCUGUCCCAGUGAAGGAGAGCUACAUGAUCUGAUUGCAGAGGUGGAGGAUGAAGAACCCACUGGAUAUAUUCGAUUCGAAAAAUUUCUUCCAGUGAUGACUGAAAUACUACUACAAAGGAGAUACAGACCAGUUCCAGAAGAUAUCCUCCUUCGAGCUUUUGAAGUUUUAGAUUCAACUAAACGUGGGUUUCUUACUAAGGAAGAACUGGUCAAGUAUAUGACUGAAGAAGGUGAGCCUUUUUCUCAAGAGGAAAUGGAAGAAAUGUUAUCUGCUGCAAUUGAUCCAGACUCGAAUUCAAUUCAUUACAGGGACUACAUAACAAUGAUGGUGAUAGAUGAACAUUAAAUGUUCUAAUUUCUAAUUGGAAGGAUAAUUUAAAAAAUUUCUUGUCCUUACUAAUUUCACAUUUUAUCUUGCAAUUUCUAUAUCUGAUAUUUAAUACUUUGUGAUGUAACUAUUUCAAGAUAUUUUGUUUUUUAAAGAUAAUCAUAACAAUUUAAAACAUAAAAUUUUAGUAUGUCUAGACUUAUGGAGUGACAGAUUUGACAAAUUGCUAUUUAUUUAAAAACUAUUUUAAAAACAUUUUAACAUGAAAAUGGAUUGUUAUUUAUUUUCUACAAUAAAACUCAUGUGACCUUCAAAUUGAUUAAACUGACAAAAUGAAGAAUGACUGUAAUGACCCAAGGUUUGACAUAUAAAGAUCUUGAGGGAGGCAGAAUGACCACAAAUUGAAAAUGAGUAGUGAUAUGACAAAGGCUUCUUUUUUAAACAACAACAAACUCUUCAGCAAUUUGAAUGUGGAAGGAGAGUUAUUGAAAUGCCUAUUAAUAAUUGAUUCCUUAAGAGCCAAUUACAAAUCUCAUUUGAGAUUAUAACAACUGAGUGUAAAAAUUUUAAUUUGCUGAUUCAGCUUGUCCAUGUUACCAUUUAUGCAACAGCUAAAGGAGUUGAGAUAAUUGAAUCUAGAGAAAAGAAGACUGAAUGGAAAUUGAUGUGUGCGGUAGUGGCAACUCUCUCUUGGUCUUUAGAAGUCUCACCUAUUCGGAAUAUCUGUCCUUACUGAGUAAGAAUAUUGAGAAAUUUUAUGGUGUACAGGAGGUACAGCUGUUGAGAGAACAGAAUAAACUUAUCUGUGCACAAGAGAGUUGGACACAUGCGUCUGGGUCAGGGGAGGGGUCAGGGCUGAAGAUAGGAGCCUAGGAGCCACCAGUGUAGGGAUGACACUCGGAGGCAUGAGCCUGGUGAGACCGCCAGAGCGGAUGGAGAAGAGAGGAAGACUGAGAGAUGGCGCCCCGUGUUUCAGAGGGUGGGGAGAAGGGACAGACCCCAUGAGGGAGGGAGUGCACAGUGUUGGGGAGGAAAGGCAUGUCAGAAGAUAACAGCACCUGACGCCUGGUGACAGCUUUAUAAAUAUGAGCUGGUCGUCUUUUUAUUAACGUCAUUGCUGGGAAGAGGGGCACGCAGGGAGUGUGGUGAACAGCAGCUGAAUCUUCCUGCACCACAGCAAGGUACAGAGCUGAUGUCUCAAAUGUUUCUAUCAGAAACAGCAGGGUAAGGCCAUUUGGAAAAAUGAAAGUAAAUACCUCAAAAAGUUCAAAACAGUCACUUCAGAGGAGAGGUACACGGUGGGUUGGGGAGGGGAUGGCUGGGACAGGGGUUGAAAAAAAUAAGCCUUUUGAUAUUAUUUGAUUUUUAAACUAUUGCACAUGUAUUUCUUUGAUAAAGAAAUUUUAAAGGACACAAAAAGAGGACUUUUGUGCACACACACAUACCUGUCCAAGGUGAUUUAUGAAUGGCGUUUGGGGGUGGUAGCAGAGCCCUGCGAGGCCAUUUAAUGACAUUUUAUAUGUGCUGCUAGAACAUCUUAUUCUUCAUUCACCAAUCUCUUUUCUAGCUUGGGGAGAGAAAACCCAGGGGCCCUCGAAGGCUGUAGGGGAAGAAAAGAGGGCAGGAAGGGAGUAAUUAGAAAUCUCUUCUUUCCCCUAAGUUGUCUCCUCUGCUCACUCCCUGCCGCUAAGGGUUGCUUGAAAAUGGGGUGACACGUUCCUGGCCCAUCCUUGUCACACUGUAAUCUCCCCUAGCACAUCAGCUCCUGCACCAGCCAGGCUGAGGGAAGAUGACAUGGCCUUUCUCCUUUAGAAAAUGAGAAUUCUCAGGAAAGCAAGAGAAAAGCAUGUAGAAAAUGUCUGAAAUUACUGGGUAUCAGGAGAGAUGAUGACCCGAAUGACGGUGGUGGUGAGGGGGCCCAGGCUGGAAGCGGGCUAAGACUCAGUAAUGACAUGAUGUGCAGUUAUUUGCUUAUUUUCUGUGGCUUUUGCUUCAAAUGAGAGGUUCCUGCUCUCCCACGGUGAAGUGUGAAGCAUAAAAAGCAUAAACCCAGCCUUCAUCAUGGAGAACUCGGGGUGGGGGUGGCACGGGGUGCCCCACUCCCGGCAUGCUGAGGGGAGGCUGGGAGAGAGAAGCAGGAAGAAAAGAGAAAGGGACCAGAAGGGGGGGGGUGCGAGAGGAAAGCCCAGCAAGAGGAGGGAAAGGGAAGGGCCUGAGAAGUGAGUUAGGGUGCCGUUUUGUGGACUGAGGCAAUGUGUUAACACAUUAGUUUCCAGGACAAGGUAUGACAAACUUGAUGGUUCAGAACAGAAGAAAUUUAUUUUCUCACAGUUCUGGAGGCCAGAAGUCCAAAACCAAGGUGACGGCAGGGCCAGGCUCUCUCCAAAGGUUCCAGGGAGGAUCCUUCCUUGCCUCUCCCAGCUUCUGCGAGCCCCAGGCUCGUGGCGGCGGCACUAAUCUCCACCCCCUCUUCACCUGGCCCUCCCUCCUGAGUGUCUCUGUGCCUGUGUCUCAGAUCGCCCUCUCCCUUCUCUUAGACACUAGUCACUAGAUUUAGGGACCACCCUAAGUCCAGGAUGAUCUUAUCUCCAGAUUCUUAACUCAGUUACAUCUAAAAACCCUAUUUCCAAAUAAAGUCACAUUCACAGGUUCCAGGGGUGCAAUGUACUGAAUGUUUGUUCCCUCCACCCCAAAUUCAUAAGUUGAAAUCCUAAUCCCAAUGUGACAGUAUUUGGAGGUGGGGCUGUUGGGAGGUGAUUAGGCCAUGAGGGGGGCUCCCUCAUGCAAGGGAUUAGUGCCCUUACAAGAAGAGGCCAGAGACCCAGCCGGCUCUUCCUGCCACGGGAGGAUACAGGACGCUAGUCGUGCACAACCUAAAAGCGGGCCCUCACCAGGACUUGAUAGUGCUGGCACCUGAUCUUGCUUUCAGCCUCCCGGCUGUGAGAAAUAAAUGUUCUGCUGUUUCAGCCCUCAGUCUGUGGUAUUUGUGAUAGCAGUCCAAACCAAUGAAGACAGAGGGUUAGGGCCUGGGUCUAUCAUUUUGGGUGCCACUAUUCAACUCACUACAGGAACCUACGCUUGUUUUAACUUAGAUGACGUUUUCUAGAGGGAGAAUUUCCUAGGACUAUUGGACAAAAUUUAAAGGUUUUUGUUUUGUUUUGCAAAAAGAAAAAAGAAAAAUGAAUAAGCCAAUGAGAACGUAUUAAAAAUCUGUAGCACGACUGAGAAAACACGGGGCGAACGAGAACCUGAGAGUUCAUAGAAACCUGUGAGAGAAGCGAAGAUGCGUUUUCCUGUUGUCGUCUCGUUGGACUCUGCAUGCGAUUACACAAAUGGGAUGCAGCAAGCAAAUAGCAAGGAAAGAAAUAGGACCCUGAUUAUUUUCAGGAACCCUCAUGCUAAAUGAUUGCUGUAUGUUUGACUACAAUAAACAGUUGUCUCGUCUGUUCACUGAUUUAACAAACCCUGGAGCCUAAAGGACAUGCGUCAGGCCCUGUGAGGGCCCCCAGUGGGAAUGCACCCGCAUGGGAGGCAUCCUUGGGGAGUUCACGGUCCGAUCGGAGAGAAGGAUCUUCUCACAGGAAAUCACAGCCACAAGAAAGAGGCCCACACAAGUUGGCUGUGGGGAUUCAGGGAAAAGGGCAGGGCAUGCAGAGGGAGGAAUCAGAGAGGGCUUCCUGGAGGAGGUAGCAUUGGAGCUGAGCAUUGUAGGAGGGAGGAUCCGAAUAUGUGGCGGUAGGAGGAAGGCCAUUCUAGGCAAAGGCAAAACGGAGGAGCAGGUGAGUGAUCUCACUGGGAAUAACGAGUAGUUCAAUUUGGUUUAAUGUUAGAGUCUGUGGGGAAAAGUUGUGGAGGUUAAGCUUGGUGAGGUUAGCUUGGGGCUGGCUCAGGGAGGGCCUUAAGGGUCAUGCAAAGUUUAUUCUGCAGACCCAUGAUUCUUAGAUGGGGAGAGAAGGCACAGGCUAGGGAGAAUCUCCAGGGGGUGGGUGUCAUUGGAAAGGCCGCCUCCAAAGGUCUAAUGUGCCCCCGGGCCAUCCCCCAACUGACGCCCUAGACAACGACAACCGGUGAUGCUCUGAGCAGGGCCGGGCACCGCCAGGCCGGGCUCCGGGAAGAUUCGCCUGCAGUUCCGUGUACGACCUAACAGGGUGGGGCCAGACCAGAGGCGGGGACACUACUGCCAUCACUGCAGUUACGGGAGAGGACUGCGGGUCAAAGGGCAAUGGCUGUGGGCAGAGGCAAGAGGCGAAAGCAGCUGGCUCUGAGAUCUGGUUUGCGGAGCAGGGUCGGAACCGCCGCCGGGGCUGGACUCGCGAGGGAGCUCUUCCGGCGUAGGCCAAGAUCACGCGCGCUUCUCCGCCUCGGCCGCGCGGUUCUCAGCGCACCGCCGACUGAGGGUGCGCAGGUGGGGACCGACACUCACCGUCCUCCGACGUUACUCUUCCCUCAGGCUGCUUCCUGCCUCACUCGCGGGGGCAGGGAGGAUGAAUACCCAGAGCCCCUGGCUGACGCAUUUGGCCGAGGGAAGGUUGGACCUGAGGGCCUCUCCGCGGCCAGCCUAACCUGGACCGCCCCUGGCUGGCGCGGGCACGGGCGGACCACCCGCCAGAGGCAGGAAACGUCCACCCUGUGUUCUCUCUCCUGCUUUUCCCCGUUACACCUUUUUGGUGGAAAAUGACUUUCUCCAAGAAAGAGAUCAGUGACCUAGACUGAUUUCAGGGAUUAAGGUCUGUCAGAUUUCAGUGUCCCCAAGUGGUGGGAAUGUCUGCCUCCAAUCACCAAAAGCCACGUGACACACCUGCUCCCCUUCGCCUCUGCCUUGAGUGGAAGCUCCCUGCAGCCCCCACCAGAAGCGGAUCUGGCGCCAUGUUUCCUAUACAAUCUGCAGAACUGUGAGCCAAAUAAACCUCUUUUCUUCAUAAA